CCCAGCCAAAGCAGUAAACAGACAAGAGGACGCGCGCCUCAGUCACAGGAGCCAGCAGCGCGCGAUCUGGCGGGUGUGCCCGCGUGCGACUCAGUGAGAGAAUACAGCGAUAAGACACUUCACAAGCAAGAAUUGGCCAGAUCCACCCCAAUGAUAUAAUCAAAGCUGUCCUCGAGACGCAAUGACGGCGGGAACUGGUGGACGCAGUGCGCUUUGAAAAAAAAAAAAAGGAAAAGAACUGUCAGUGAACUUAUUAACUGUGGUAACUGCCUCCUAUCACUGGAAGAAUGAGCACCUCCCCUAGUGGAUCUCGUGCCUCCAUCGACAUCUUGGAGGAGCUGCAGCUUAUUGCUGCCCAGAACCUGGAGAAGCUGGACAUUAAUAAGUACUAUGAGGUUAUUAGGGAGCUGGGCAAGGGCACCUAUGGCAAGGUGGAUCUGGUUGUCCACAAGAUCAGAGGCACUAAGAUGGCUCUGAAGUUCUUGCGGAAGAAAACCACUAAGCUGAAGAGCUUUCUGAGGGAGUAUAGCAUCUCACUCUAUGUUUCCCCGUGCCCAUACAUCAUCAGCAUGUAUGGCAUCGCCUUUGAGACAGACGAGUAUUACAUCUUUGCUCAAGAGUAUGCAUUAGCUGGGGACCUCUUUGACAUCAUUCCUCCUCAGGUGGGGCUGCCAGAGAGUGUGGCGAAACGCUGUGUGCACCAGGUGGCCUUGGCACUGGACUACCUUCACUCUAAGAAGCUGGUGCAUCGUGACAUCAAGCCUGAGAACGUGCUCAUCUUUGACCGGGAGUGCCGUAAGGUCAAGCUGUCAGACUUCGGCAUGACGCGUCGAGCCGGUUCACCAGUAAAGCGCGUCAGCGGUACCAUCCCUUACACGGCACCUGAGCUGUGUGAGCCAGGCCGCCAUGAUGGUUUCUGUGUGGACUACAGCACAGAUGUAUGGGCCUUUGGAGUGCUCCUAUUCUGUAUGCUCACAGGCAACUUUCCAUGGGAGAAGGCGCUACCAUGCGAUGCCUUUUAUGAGGAGUUUGCACGCUGGCAGCAGCAGCCAAAGAGGCGGGCGGGUGCAGUGCCAUCACAAUGGCGCCGCUUUACCAACGAGGCGCUGCGCAUGUUCCGUCACCUCCUGGCCAUCGAGAAGGAGCAACGCUGCUCUGUCAACGAGGUGCUCACCUUCUUCUGCCACUGCUGGAUGCUAGACACGGAAAAUGGCAACACAGCUACCUCACCCAGUGGCACGGUGCUCAAUGGGCACCUGGCUGAGCUCAGCUCUUCUUCCUCAGAGGAAGAUGAUCUGGUGGAGCGUCUGAAGCAGCAGAGCCUGUCACCUGUGUGUGCUGUGGCCAAAGCAGGCAUUGUCAUUGAGCCGGUGGCACCACCCUACUCCACCGUGUCUACCAUCAACUCGCCUUCCUCUAAUAACAGCUACGAGCGUGUCUCCCGUGACAGCAACGGUAAUGGAGGUCGCAUCCUUGUGACUACGCCCAUCGAGAUCUGUGUGUAGUGAGGCUCUAGAAGGUAACAGACUAUACACAUACUCAAAACACCGGGAACCAGUCGACAACAGUGAGGACCCAUAUCCUUAAACAAGGAGGAAAUGCUCCGUCUCUCAUGCUGAGUGUAGAACAUGGUGAAAAUGUUCUACGGAGGCAGACUUGUCAGUUGUUCCUAAUGAUGAGUGUCACUGAGGGAAUACUACAAGUUGAAAACAGUCAAGUCAUACUGAUUGUGUAUCUCAGCAUUUCAACCAUGUUAGUCCACAUGUAAUCAGUCCACCAUUAGCAACAGUGCACACAUGGGAAAAAAAACAUACAAACAAACAGGCGUGAAAUUACCUGUACCAUCAUAUAGCAAUAUGUUAAAUGUUUUGCAAAAAUAAAAAUCAACGUAACAACGGUCAAAGUUGCAAUGUCUGAGACUAACUGCAAAAACAUAUAAUGUGAAAAUGUUCAUAAUGUGAUUUUUGGAAGUGAUACUUAUUUGUGCUUGAAUGUCCAUUUGGUUAGUGGGUAACUUCAAUAAAAAGUAGUUUUUUUUUUAUUAUUUAUUUUGGUCUUGUACUUCUGAUAUUUUGCUAUUUAUUUUAUACUGUAGCAGUAUAUAGUUAAUAUUGCCCAGUUGCCAUUAUGGUGUGUUGCAUUGUUUAAAAAAAAAAAAAAUCAAGUCCCUCUAAACCAAAUUGUUAUCAGAACUAAUUUGAACAGGACAUGCAUGCCAUUUUCUCUGUGUUGUUUCUUAGUAUGGUGCAUUUUUGAGAGCUUCAAUGGGUCUUCUCACAGUGAGCGAGGCCUGGAUUGCUCGGAUGAUGUUACCAAUGUGGUCGCAGUGCAUAUGGAUGCCUGUCACUAUUCUGAACACAGAGAAGGUUUGAUUUGUGCUAAACAAAACACAGAGCAUGCCAGUGAUUCAGAUGCGGUGAUACAGAAUCAUUUGUCCAUGGCUUGAGAAAGAGGACACUACUGUAGGUGUCAUUUGACAGUUUUAUAAGUGCAGAUGGACAAUUUUGAAAGAAUUCUUCUGACUUGAAGGUGUUUUAAGAAUUUCUCAGGUAUAUAUGGCUAUACCGUGUAAUAUCUCACAAUAGCCGAGUUUAAGUCCAGUUGUUUAAAGGAAAGGAAGGACAUUGUGAGUCAGUGCCACUGGAAUGUGUGACAGAGAAACUGAUAGCAGGCGAGACAUGCUGCAUUAAAUGACAAACUCUGAAUCUUGUUACAAAAUAUGGAACUUGAUUUGAUCGAGACUGUUAUCACUUGCCAUAUGUGAUUCAUUUUUUUUCCAGAUCUUGUUAUGAAAAAUAAUUGGUUGUUACAUUCAUUGCUUUGUUUCAGCUCUCACUCAAAUUUUGAAUGAAGUAGGUUUUUAAAACAAUAAAUGAUCUAAACCAAAAACAACUUCAUAUGGGGUUCUCAUUAAGAUCUAACCCCACACGUCUGCUUAGUCAUACCUUUGACACAGAUUUUUAUAGCAUAGUUUUUAUUAUUUUGUUCGUGUACUUGGGUGGGAUUUUUAUUUUUUUUUAAAUACCAAUUUUGAUAGGCAUGGUAGCAGAAGUGUUUUAAAGAAAUUGUUCAGAAAUUGGAGAAAGGAAUAACUGAUGUGGCAUUUUUGAAAGGGUGUUUCUGAAAUUGCAUGGAUAUAAAACCUAUGUAAACAGGUCUUUUUAUCUGUGCUACCUUUUAGAUAUGUGAAAUUAAAUGUGUCGUGAUAUUUUACAGUAGCACAAAUUUGCAUAAAUUGAUAUCUUAAUGGAAUUAAAAAUGAAAAAGGAAAAACAAAUGUAGGGCUUCAUUUAUUCUCUCUGUGCUGUAGGCCUACAUGCGUUCUAAUGAGGCAGUUCAGAGCAUUAAUGCAGUCUGUCAGACAACCUUUUCUUGGAUAUGUUGAACUUUUGUUGAAUUCCAUAAAUGCCUGUCAACAACUGAAGACAGAAAGACAUUUUUUUUUUUUAAAAAAGAAACCAUGACCAGACAUUGUCAUUCACAAACACACUUUUUUCAAAAUUGACUUGUGUGUUGAUAUUUGCAUGCGUCGGUAUUGUUCUGGAGAGAUAAUGUUGAAAUAAAUACAUAUCCUUGAUGCAGAAGGCUGAAGAA